AUGGCCCUCGGAGCCGUCGCGGUGUUAUUCCUGUCUGCUCUGAAUUUGUUCACGUUUGCAGACUCAUGCAACAUUACAAAAUUAGUAGGAGCAGAAGUGACCCUUAAACUGGAUUAUUCAGGCUGGACCGAGUCUACUGACUUGAAGUGGAAAAAGGAUAAAACUACAGUCAUUUAUCCUGGCACAAAUAAAAUAAAUAAUGUAGAGGUCAAUAAAGGCUCCCUUGUGUUUAAAAACCUAACUCUGAAAGAUGCUGCAACAUACAGCUAUGAGAUUUAUACUGUGGAAGGACAACAGGCCAAAAAAGGCGAAUAUAAACUUUGUGUUCUGGAAAAGGUCCCCAAGCCGAAUCUGAAUUACACGUGUCAGAAUACCACAGCUACCCUAAAAUGCGACGUUCAGGGUAAUCAAGAUCUGGACUUCAGUUGGAAUAAAAACGGCAAAAAGAUAACUGAAAUAAAUAAAAAAACAUCCAGCUUCUCAACCAAGGCUGAAAAAGGUGAUGAAAGGUAUACAUGUACCGCCAGCAACGCGGCUCACAACAGCACCAGCGAUACUGUCCAAGUAUCAUGUCCCGCAGACGAGAGUUUGCUUUUCGGAUUCAACAAAUGGAUCAUGAUCGGCAUCCUGGCUGGGGGAGGAUUUCUUGUACUGUUGUUGAUCAUCGUUCUCAUAUCUUGUUCCGUCACAAGUUGUCAUCGAAAGGAAAAACGCCAACGAGAACUAGAUGAGCUCAGGCUGCUCAAUCUACAGAGCUCGUCCACUUCCGAUCACAAAAUCAAGCAAAGCGCAAGGGGACAACCGGCACCUCCCGUCCCCCAGGACGAGGUCCCGGGCCACCAGAAGGAUCAAGGCUGCGUCAAACCCCAGGCGAGAUCCAGGCCGCCGCCCCCUCCGGUAGAUGACGAGGAAGACCCUCCGCCGUUACCCCAACCCAGGAGGAAGCCCUAUGGGAACAAUGAUAACGGUGCCGUUCCGUACAUCUGAGUCACACGAAUUCGGCUAUACAAUAAGUGGAACCUCGAUUUAACGGAUUGAGUACCAAUACCAGUAGUUCACA